AUGAUAGGUCCAAAAUCAAUAUUUUAGAUACCUAUUUCAGAUUAUCAGAAUCAAACAAAUGAUGAUCUAGAAUGCUUAGAUGAUUAUUAUUCUGAAUCUAUGCCAAAAGAUGACAUAUCAACAUCAUAAUUCAUUUAACACAAACCUAAUCAUAAACUAAAAACUAAAAAAAGAGUCAGAUUUAAUCUAGAUAUUGUUCUAUGUCAAUUUAGUAAAGAUGAACCAGCCAUUACAAUUUCUAAAUAAACCAAAUAACUAAUUGCAUCAAGGCCUAACUUAAUGUGGGUUAAUCCAACAUUCUUUAACUUGAACAAAAUAUGA